UUUCGAGAUUAGAUGACAGUCUAUUCGCACUCUUGCGCAAAUCCAGGCCGUGUUUUAUGACCUAAAUUUAUAAGAUUCGAAUAUAUCCGAAAAACACAAUCCGGGACGAAAAAUAUUUGUGUUCUCUCCUCAUCGCUAAUCUCCAAUAUCUUGACGAAAAGUCCAUCCAUAUUUUUAUGCUGAUAAUUCCGACAAUCUCGCAAAGUAUAUUGACAUUUUCCCCGCAUGAAUCAAUCGCCACGAUUGUAUGAAAUAGUUGACAAUACUUGUCUACUAUAUGCACAAGAUAGUGUUCGUUUCAGGGAAAUAUUGUCAGGGAGGCGGCGAGUAUUUUUUGAAUAAAUCACAAUAACAUUGUGUGACAAUAUUCGACAAUACUUAUACUCCGACGGUGCAGUUCGCGAGCUGCAUUGAUCGCAGUUGUACGUUGUCUUCGUGUACUUUCUAUCAGAAUGUCUUUUAGAAAGGACCUGAGAUUGCUCCUAAAGCCAUACUACUUCAUAAAUAUUCUCCUCAGUAUCUCUUACAUUUUUUCGAAGCGCAUUCCUGUAGUCUGUAAUUACAUAUUCGCUCAAGAUGAUUGCGAACUCGACGGGAGGGAAACGGAGAUUCUCUUUUUUCUCAUGAUUGUCAUUAUGAUAAGGACAAGGAAGACUGGUAGCGUAACCAUGAUCAAUUAUUUAACUUCUAGUUUUGUGUAUACCAAAGUAGCAAAUUUGAUCCUAUGGUUUUAUGCUGAUGUGCGAAUGGGAAUACUGUUUGCAUUUAUUUUUAUAUUGUGUGGGCUGGUAUUACCAGAACCAACAUAUCAAGGUCCUGAGAAUAUUAUUUAUCUACAUGGAGCCAAUGGAUUGCAAGAGGAAAUACAGCGCGACACCAGAGUAAUCUGGCUAGUAGCAUUCUAUACUGCAUGGAAUCCAGCCUGUGUAACAUUUGCACCAAUAUUCUCUGAGCUAUCCGCAGAAUAUGCUUUAGAAAAUUUUAAAUUUGGCAAAGUGGAUGUUGGGAGAUAUCCAGAUGCAGCAACCAAGUAUCGUGUCAGUGAUGCUAGCACCAGCAAACAAUUGCCAACAUUGAUACUCUUUAAAGAUGGCAAAGAAGUGGAACGACGUCCAUAUGCAGAUCACAAAGGAAAGCUUGUUAAAUUUCUCUUCUCAACAGACAAUGUAAAGGCAGCAUUUGAUCUCAAUAAUAUUUAUAGUGAUUGCAAGAAGAAUCCUAUCAAAAGGAAAGAGAGAAAGCCCCUUAAAGCAGAAUAAUGCAGUAAAAGUUUAGGUGUUUAAUACAGAACAAAAUGCGUGCUUUGUGAUUUUGCAAUCAACGAAGGAUUUUCACUGCUUCCAGUGUACAAUGUGAAUUUGUUUUCUGGGGACAGAACUGUUAGUGUUAGAGUUCCCAAAAACAAAGUUCGUUUUUCUGUUGGAUGUUGCGUCGUCAAACGUCGCAUGCCUUAACGAUUCUCUGUAAGUUCUUAGAUACAGCUUCUACUAUGUAGAAAGAUCCAUUUGGUGCGACUAAAUCUGCAUUGUACACUGCAAAAUAUGCGAAAUUGUAAAUAUUUUGUUGCGUAUUUAAUAUUCUAUAUCAUAUACGAAGCAGAGAGCGUUCUCUUUACUAUAAUGUUAUCGUGUUUUAUUUAUAUCAGAUUGCACGCGCAAUCCUUUUGCGCACAAUGAAUUAUAAUAGAUUGUUACGCUAGUAUAGCGAUAAACAGUAUGUCACUUGUAAUUAUUGAUAUAUAAAAACACCUCGUGUUCGUGCCAGCGUGAAAAGAUACUGUUUACUAUAGACUAUAGAGAAACAGGAGAUACGAUCGUUCCUCAUCGUCUAAAUCUAAUGUGUUCUUAAAGCGGUAAUUUAAUUCGAGUCAAUAAAGAUAACGAGUUACUUGAAAGACA